AUGGCUUCUUUAAAGUUUUCUUGCACUUCAACCACCAUUUCUGGAUCUCAGAGAUUUAAAAAUUCCAGACAGUUUGAUAAGCAGCAUUGUGGUAAUCUGUAUUCUGUGAAUGGCUGCCCUCUACAGUCCUUUAAUAAAGUGGGCUUCACUACCAAGGCCAAUGGAAGAGUUAAAUCUCUGUUAUUUGGGGAAGGUGGCCUUCUCCCCAAUUCAAGUGGUAAAAAAAUUGCAUGUAAUGCUCUUAUCAGUGACAUGUCUGGCGGAGUUGAAGUACAGCCAGAUUCUGUAGAUUUUGGAGCACUUGCAGCAGAUAUGGCUUCAACAAAUAGCAGUUUUGCUGUUGAAGAUGAUGAAUUUGACCUGGACCAGCCGUCAGAAGGUUUCUCAUCUAUUACAGAGGCCAUUGAAGACAUUCGUCAAGGAAAGGUUGUUAUCUCAUGA